AACUCACACCAUACCACCUUCGUCUUUCGUUUUUUUAAUUUCUUUUCUUAUCUUUUUCCAUUCCCCUCUUCUUCUCCCUCACACCAAUAUCUCUUCCCAUUUUCUCUUCCAAUUCCAAUUUUUCGUCCCUCAUGGCCCGUGUCGCGAUCGCCGUCCUUUUCGUAGCCGCCGUCAUCCUCGCCCUCUCCGCUACCUCCGUGACGGCGCGUCCUUGCAGGACCUUCAUAAUCUCCUCCUACUCCUUCCGCAACCCUAACUCCAACACCUUCGCCACCAUCACCGAGAUCCGAUCCUUCACUCCUAUUUUCAUCACCGACAAACGUUCUUCCUACGACGUUUUCUUCCCCCACGCGCUCCCACAGCAGGAGCGCGUCAACCCACGCGCCCCUCUAGGGUUUGCCUCCGCGUAUGACUUCUCCUCCCUCCGCGACCGCACCAAAGACAUCCUUAGCGUCGCCCUCGCGCUUCUCUUCGGUGUAGGCUGCGGAGCCCUCACCGCCGCUACCAUGUACCUCGUCUGGUCUGUUUUCCCUAUACGCCACCACGCUGCGGCCUACGACGACUUCUCCUCAGACGAAGAGAUCGAUAGCCCCAAAAAGUUAGGAUACGUCAAUAUUCCCGCCCCGGAGACCGUUGCCGCCGCUCCAACGCUUGCGAAAGGCUCAGUAUAAAAUCCCCGAAUGUUGAGAUUGGGGAUAUCUCUUGGUAACCGUGUGGUUGAUGUUGGUUGUUAAUAAUUAUAGGUGAAUUGAACAGAGAAAGUAUCGAAUGGUGCGAACUUUGGCCAUGUAUUUGUGUCUGCUUAUUCUAUGUUACAUGUUUACUUUUGAAUUUGGUGUAUUUGCGUUGUUUUAUUUCUAACUGGCGAGCCAUGGUGUUUUUGGCGUUAAUCAUUGCCUUGGAUAUGGAACUAGUCGUCAUAUAUAGUAGUAUUUAUGUAUUUA